CCGCCCUGGGGCGCCUGGACGGGGCGCCCUGCCCAGUGGAGAGAGCUGAGGCGGGAAGGCUCCAGGGGGCGGCUCCAGGCGGCAGACUCUGUACCCUCAGGACUAACCUGGGCACCUGGGGAGGGCGCGGAGGGGGACGUCAGGGAUCCCAACCAGGUCUGACUUCCUCCCUGGGCGACCGGGCGCCCAGGUUCUGGACGCCGGCCAGGGAGGCGGCACCGCGCGGGUCCUUGGCGCUUCCUGCGCGCGGGGGACGCGGAGGAGGAGCGCGGAGGAGCCUGCGGCGCGGGGACAGCGCACCGGGAGGGCUCGCAGGUGGCGACAUGGAGGACGGCGGCGUGCUCAAGGAGGGCUUCCUCGUCAAGAGGGGUCACAUUGUCCACAACUGGAAGGCGCGAUGGUUCGUCCUUCGGCAGAACACGCUGCUGUACUACAAGCUCGAGGGGGGUCGGAAGGUGAACCCUCCCAAGGGCCAGAUCCUCCUGGAUGGCUGCACCAUCACCUGCCCCUGCCUGGAGUAUGAAAAUCGACCGCUCCUCAUUAAGCUGAAGACUCGCACAUCCACAGAAUACUUCCUGGAGGCCUGUUCCCGGGAGGACAGGGACGCCUGGGCCUUUGAGAUCACAGGGGCGAUCCACGCUGGGCAGCCGGGGAAGGUCCAGCAGCUCCACAUACAGAGAAACUCCUUCAAGCUGCCCCCUCACAUCAGCCUGCAUCGCAUCGUGGACAAGAUGCACGACAGCGGGAGUGGAAUCCGGCCAAGCCCCAACCUGGAGCAGGGAAGCACCUACAAAAAGACCUUCAAUGGCUCCUCCCUGGUGGACUGGCUCAUCUCCAACGGCUUUGCAGCCAACCGUCUGGAGGCCGUGACCCUGGCCUCCAUGCUCCUGGAGGAGAACUUCCUGAAUCCAGUAGGCGCCCGGAGCAUGGGAGCCGUGCGCUCUGGGGACCUGGCCGAGCAGUUCCUGGAUGACUCCACGGCCCUGUACACCUUUGCUGAGAGCUACAAGAAGAAGAUAAGUCUCAGGGAAGACAUUAAUCUGAGCACCAUGGAGUUGAGUGGCACGGUGAUAAAGCAAGGUUAUCUGGCCAAGCAGGGCCACAAGAGGAAGAACUGGAAGGUGCGGCGCUUUGUUCUGAGGAAGGAGCCGGCUUUCCUGCAUUACUACGACCCUUCCAAAGAAGAGAACCGGCCAGUGGGUGGGUUUUCCCUUCGGGGUUCACUCGUGUCUGCUCUGGAGGACAAUGGCGUUCCCACCGGUGUUAAAGGGAACGUCCAGGGAAAUCUCUUCAAAGUGAUUACUAAGGACGACACACACUAUUACAUCCAGGCCAGCAGCAAGGCUGAGCGGGCCGAGUGGAUCGAAGCUAUCAAAAAGCUAACAUGACGGGGACCUGAGAGACCAGGACCAGGAUUCCUCCCACCUACCCGAUGACACUGACAGGGGUUCCCAGAAAAUGAGAGUUAAUGUAACUUUGUUUAUUUUGUACUGUUUUGGAGUGAGUCUACUGGAGUUUCCUAGAUUACAAUGGGCAACGGUGCUGUUUCCUUCCCCACCUUCAUGUUAACAACCUGGAAACGCUAGAACAGCCAUUAGGCGUCAGCAUGUUGACUUUCGCCAAUCAUCACAGCCGGCCAUUCCUUGGGCACCAAAGUAGGUUUGCCUUAUAACACUAACUGGCCACAUUAUAUUACUAAAUAAAGCUAGUCUCACGGCACUGCCUCUGAAAUGCUGUCAACAGCUAUUAACUCCUUCUUUAGGAUUAAUAAAAAUUGGCAUUUGUUUCUGGCUAUUAGAAUUCCCUUCCAAAGUUUCAGUUUUCAAAUGUUUUUCAUGCUUGAGACUAUAGGAAGCAAGUGAGGUGAUUGUGAAGACACCUCAAGUGAUCUCUGUGACUAAGACAUGCUUCAUCGCAAAGUGGGAUGGUGGCAAAAUUUUGCUUGAACAUUCAUAGAAUAUUGUUUUCCUUUGAAAAAUAAGCUUGUAUUAAGUAUUACACAUCACAGAAAAAGCAUGGACUCAGUUGAAGAGAUUAGUCACACAUACUAAAAAAGGGUAAAAUUAUAGCUUUCCUUGGAAAAUACCAUAUAGAAAGAAGCAGAACAGAGCUCUCUAAAGGACAGAGAAAGAUAUAAAUAGGAAAAGAGUUAAAUCAAGGCAUGAAAUAUUUGGUUUUAAAGUGAACAUUGAGACAAAUAUUGUUGGAAGGUUAACCUGCAUUAGUGAAAAGUCUAGAUCAUACAAUUAUUUUAAAAAACAUUUUUAUUGCUUUCAAGUUCAUACAGUAAACUGGCACAAGAUACUGCCAGCAUUCUUGCUUAGUACAAGUACUUAGACUUCCUUUAAUGAAUAGGUGAAGAUCUAUAACUGACACUUAAGGGGACUAGAUACUUCCCAAGUAAACAUUUGUCCUUGGUUUGAACUAUUCUCUUAAUUUCAACUAUAAUACUUCACCUGAGUGAUCAGAAUUCCAAGCGAAUGAGGUUUUACUUCAUUCCUUAGAUUGUAGAGAGAUUGCCUUUUAGAGCACCAUUUCCCGUUGGGCAUUUUCCCAGGUGUAAUGUCCCUGGAAUUAGUUUAUUGCUUUUGGGAUAUCAACAGUUUAUCUGAAUUUGACUAUUUGGUUUGAUGGCUUCUUCUCUAAACUGGUACAAUUACUGCACUGUGUAGGGUAGAGUGCUCACGCAUUUAAAAUAGAUGACCAUCACCUGGAGGCAAAUCAGGGAACGCUUAUCAAGGUACUAGUAUGUUAAUUUUAAUUUUUUAAAUCCCAAACCAUUUGAAUUCAACUGUUUUUGAUGUCAAAGUAGCUAAAUCGAGAAUGUUUGAAAGUCUACCAGCUGAAUAAUAACUGUAUUGCUAAGCACAAUGUAGUGUUUAGCAUGUCUCUGUAGGUUCCCACUUAGAAUUACCCAAAGUAUUGGUUUGUCUUGUUUUGGUUUAAAAGAUAAAAAAUGGUUUGAAUGUUGUCAGCUAUUCUCAAUUAAUUAUGCAUUAAGAACCAAGCUGUUGCUAAGGUUCAAUUUUGAGUUGAUAACCACUUGACCUCAGUCCAAAGCAGAACAGGAAGUAGAUGAAGUUGUCCAAUUUCAAUGAAGAGGUUUUUAGGGGGAGAUCCAAGAUUUGGAUAAACUGGUCACUUGCCUUUGAAAAUCUGUUGCUUCAGUUAUCUGGAGCUGGGUGUGUUAUCGUGUCCUUUAAAAGUGAUACUUUUAGGUCAGCAAGGUAUAUGUAUGCUUUAAGUUUAGUUAGUUCUAUCACUGAGGUAUCAAUCUUUUCUCUGGCAAGGGUCAUGAAUUUGCAACUAUUGUGGAACUGAACAAAAGGCCUGCAUGGAUAAAUUCAUUCACCAUGAAGGCUACCAGCAUUUCUCAUUAGUUUUUGAAGUAUAAAAAUAUUCAGUAAACAAAAAUCCAAUUCCCUGUUGAUAGCAAACAUUUAAGGAGCACCUGCUAUAUUUUGAUGACAUCUGCUGUGAGCUUUACAGACUUUUUUGACUCCUCAAAAAGACCAAAGUAAAAAUUAUGUGCUAAUUUUGAAUAUAUCCUGAUUUUCCUCUAAAUAUUCCCAGUAUGGUAUGCUAGCUAGCAACCAUGGCUCCCUUGUGGAGAUGGCUGUAUGAAGUCAGCCUCUGGAUUGGGACAACCUUCACAUAUGGCACAAACAGUCUCAUCAACACUAUUUUCCAGUCCCUUUAAUAUUGAAUCUAGUCCUGGAUUGAUGAAGGUGGAUACAGUUUCAUUUUCUAAGUAUUUAAAUGGCUAUUUGUCAGAAUAAUUUAAUAAAAUUAAUAUUAUCUAGUACCUCAACUACACGGAGAUUAAAUCUACAAAGAUCUAAGUAACUCAAUACUAUUGUAGGUGUAACUUCAAAACCAUGUGUUUUCUAUGAAUGAAUUUAUUUACCUUUAAAUUUAUAUACCUUUAAAAUAACUAGUUCUUAAAGAUAAAAAUGAUGGAAACAUAGAAAAAUCAUGGUAACUGUGUUCAAACAGAUCCCUAUUCUGUUAUAAAGAAAACUGAAGCUCUCUAGAUGACACCUAGUGAAUAUUUUAAUGAGGGGAAAAAAUCUCAAGUUGGGCGAUGAGACUCAAAAUAACUAAAGCAGCAGCAUCUUAAAAAACAAACAAAAUAAAACCAACCAUACCACUUUGAAUUACAAACUCAGGCACACAGCUUAGUACACCAACCAGGACCAGUGUGAAAUUCUCCCACAUAUAUUUCAUCAGUCUCAAAGACGUAAAAGGCACACAACCAAUGUAAUCCUUUAAUUGCAUUUUAAGGCUUUCCCCCUUAAGAAUUAACUUUCACUGUGGUUCAAAUUAUUUUCUCUAAGCCCUCCUUGUUGUAUAGAUCCUUUGAACACCUGCCCUUAUAUUUCUACAUCUAGACUAAAAUGAAUAGAAUUAGGGUCUUAGUAAUCAUAAUGGUUUUAACUGGUGACAAGAAGGAAGAAGCCUAUAGUUAAAUAUCCCAGAAAUUUAUUUAUGUUUGCUUGAUACAUUUAUAUAGAAAGGUUGGGACCAUUUGCUUUGGGUACCCCUGAUAAAUUACACAGAGGCACUGAACUACAAACAGGUGUCAAUCUAGGGACAUCAGAAAUGGAAAACCCAAUUUUGACUGUUCUUAGCUUAGAGAUCUGUCUCUAGUGAAAUUGGGUCACGCCCUUAAAAAAUGCUCAAUGUGAUGGAGCUACUGUGUGAAAACAGACGGCAUUUUAGGACAUUUCACGUUUUGGUCUGUUAGAACAUUUAAAUACUUGGAAAUAAAAAAUAUUCAGCUGUGAAGUUUUCAAUACUGGAAAACUUUUAAGUCUAGGUUUUAUAGCCAGGAAGAGCUGUUUUGUGAUCCUUAAAUUGGACUUUGUUUCCCAAAAGUUAAUCUUCAGCUUUGGCUUCCAUUUCUUCUGCAUCAUCAUCUCCAUCCACUUCUGCAUUUUCUCUCUCAAGCCUCUCCAGCUGCCUUGCAAGCUCGGUUUCAUCUGUAUCUGUGACCACUUUGGGCUGUGGAAGCAGAGGCAUAAUUUCAAAAUGAAGUAGUCAAAUAGUACACAAAAUUGAAUUUCAAUACUAUCACUGCCUCGUAUUAACUCUUAAAGACACUUUUCUUAACAACCCUGAUGCCAUAUCUAUUCAUUUCUGAGUGCUGACACAUCACUAAUAAAUUCCAUUAGCUCAAUAAUGGAAGAAACUUAUGAGUAUAAAACAGUACAGAAAAAAUAUGUGUGUAUUAAAACAAAGUACUAUUUUCUGUUAUUUUUACAAGCUAAAACUGAAAAUAUAUGAAAAUAAUCUCAGUGGCUAUAUCUUUCAAACCCAAAAGACGUCCUAUAAAAAUGCACCUUCUAGGUUCAAAAUAAAUUUACUGUUCUGUUGCAGAGAAGACUUAUUAUCGUGUGUGUAUAUAUAUAAUGUGUUAAAUAUUUUUGUAUAUACAUAAGAAAAUUAGGUUUUAUUCCUGUUGAGAUGAGGGAAAUAAAGGCAAUUAUCUUAUUUCUAA